CGGAGUCGUGCUGCAGAAUUCAUAUUUUAAUGAACUCCUGGUCGAUUCAUUAACAUUCUGCUUGUAAAGCGUUGCUUUGUCGAGGAGGGGGGUUGCACAGAGCUCGUGGAUGCUAGGUUUGAAAGGAAAGAAAACGAUCGUGGUACAUUUGAAACAGCAAUAAAGGAGGGGAGAGCUGGGUUAAUCUGCCAGUUCUCCGUGUGUGUUUUUUUGGGGUAAUAGAAGUUCUGAGGAUUCUUCGGUUGGAAUAACUGUUCGUAUCUCCCACGCGAUUGCGUAUCAGAAACACUGUUGCAAUGUUAUCUCACACGACUAUCCCGGAGCUAUGUGGGAAAGAGAUACUAUCCAGUUUGAAUACUUUGCUACUUGGUUAGCUGCGGGCGUUGUGGGGUCUGAUCGGGAGUGCUUGCCGGAUCCAAGAACUUCUGUCCGGAGAGCCUUAUGGAGGAAAACCGGAGCCCUCGGUGCCAGAAUUCACGACAUGCCAAGCCUUCCAACAUGCAAAUUUGCGCCUACGUUUUGUGACAUUGAAGGGGAUGAAGCUGACCAACAUGGGGAAUUUCGGCUUGCUGCUUUUGGUGCUUCCGGCUCUUCUGGCCCAGUACAGCCCGGCCCGCGGAGCGGAGAAGUCCUACCCCGUCCUGAACAUUGCUGUUAUUUUAGGGCGGAACCGCUACAUCACAGAGAGGGACAUUCGGGGCCUGUGGGUCAAGGACAUGGUCCCCGAGGUGACCCUUGACGUCAAUGUGGUCACUAUCUUGGUGAACCAGACCGACCCGAAAAGUAUCAUAACUCACAUCUGUGACCUGAUGUCUGGAACCAAAAUCCAUGGGGUGGUUUUUGGGGACGACACAGACCAGGAAGCGGUUGCUCAGAUUUUGGAUUUUAUUUCGUCCCAGACUUUCAUACCCAUCCUGGGAAUCCACGGGGGAUCCUCCAUGAUCAUGGCAGACAAGGAUCAGAUGUCCACGUUCUUCCAGUUCGGGGCUUCCAUUCAGCAGGAAGCCCUCCUGAUGCUGAACAUCAUGAAGGAGUACGACUGGCACACAUUCUCUGUGGUGACCAGCAAGUUCCCGGGGUAUCAGGAUUUCCUCACCAUCAUAAAGACCACGGUGGACAACAGCUUCGUAGGGUGGGAUUUACAGAACAUGAUCACUCUGGAUGCCGUGGCCGGGGAUACGAAGACCCAGAUCCAGCUGAAGAAGAUCCAUUCCAACGUGGUCCUGCUGUACUGCUCGAAGGACGAAGCCAGUUACAUCCUGGACGAGGCACGCUCUUUGGGCUUGACGGGAUACGGCUCCGUCUGGAUUGUCCCCAGCUUGAGCACGGGCAACACCGAGAUCACUCCCGACGAGUUCCCGUCCGGGAUGAUUUCGGUUUCGUACGAUGACUGGGACUACCCCCUGGAAGCCAGGGUGCGGGACGGCCUGGGGAUUAUAACCAGCGCUGCCGCUGCCAUGCUGGAUCAAUACAGCUUCAUUCCGGAGGCGAAGACCAGCUGCUACGGACCACUGGAACAAAGCGAGCUGCCGUCCAACGCCUUGCACAAAUUUAUGAUGAAUGUGACCUGGAAUGGGAGAGACUUGUCCUUCACAGAAGACGGAUAUCAAGCAAACCCCAAGCUAGUUGUCAUAGUUUUGAACAAGGACAGGGUAUGGGAGAAGGUGGGGCGCUGGGAGAACAGUAGCCUGUCUCUGAAGUACCCCGUGUGGCCCCGGUACAACUCCUUCGGGGAUGCAGAGGCCGAUGACAACCACCUGAGCAUCGUCACCUUGGAGGAGGCACCCUUUGUCAUCGUGGAGAACGUGGACGAGCUCACUGGGACCUGCAUGAGGAACUCCGUGCCCUGCCGGAAGCACAUCAAGCAGGACAACACAACGAAUGAAGGAACCUACGUUAAGAAAUGCUGCAAAGGAUUCUGCAUCGACAUCCUGAAGAAGAUCGCCAAGGCCGUGAAGUUCACCUAUGACCUUUACUUGGUGAUGAAUGGGAAGCAUGGUAAAAAGAUCAACCAUGUGUGGAAUGGAAUGGUUGGUGAAGUGGUCAACAAGCGUGCUGUCAUGGCUGUGGGGUCUCUCACGAUCAACGAAGAGCGCUCCGAGGUCAUUGACUUUUCAGUCCCCUUCGUUGAAACCGGGAUAAGCGUCAUGGUGCCAAGAAGUAACGGGACGGUUUCCCCAUCUGCUUUUCUAGAACCCUUCAGUGCUUCAGUGUGGGUGAUGAUGUUCGUCAUGCUGCUCAUUGUCACAGCCAUGGCUGUCUUCAUAUUCGAGUACGUCAGCCCCAUGGGCUUCAACAGGAAUCUAGCGCAAGGCAGAGACCCCCACGGCCCAUCGUUCACCAUUGGAAAAGCGGUAUGGCUGCUCUGGGGACUGGUGUUUAAUAACUCUGUGCCGGUGCAGAACCCCAAAGGAACGGCCAGUAAAAUCAUGGUUUCGGUCUGGGCUUUCUUUGCUGUCAUCUUUCUGGCCAGCUACACUGCUAACCUGGCAGCCUUCAUGAUCCAAGAGGAGUUUGUUGACCAGGUGACGGGGCUCAGUGACAAUAAGUUUCAGAGACCCUAUGACUACUCUCCUCCCUUCCGGUUUGGUACUGUUCCCAAUGGAAGCACCGAAAGGAACAUUCGAAACAACUACCCCGACAUGCACCAGUACAUGGUGAAAUAUCACCAGAGAGGCGUGCAGGACGCCCUGGUCAGCCUCAAGACCGGAAAGCUGGAUGCAUUCAUAUAUGAUGCGGCUGUUUUAAACUACAUGGCUGGGAGAGACGAGGGCUGUAAGCUGGUUACCAUUGGCAGCGGCUAUGUCUUUGCAACCACAGGCUACGGGAUCGCUCUGCAGAAGGGCUCCUUCUGGAAACGGCAGGUGGAUCUUGCUCUGCUGGCCCUGGUGGGAGAUGGUGAGAUGGAGGAGCUGGAGGCCCAGUGGCUGACUGGCAUCUGCCACCAUGAGAAGAACGAAGUGAUGAGCAGCCAGCUGGACGUCGACAACAUGGCCGGGGUCUUCUACAUGCUCGCUGCGGCCAUGGCCCUCAGCCUCAUCACCUUCAUCUGGGAGCUCCUGUUUUACUGGAAGCUCCGAUUCUGCUUCACGGGAGUCUGCGACGGAACGCCUGGGUUCCUGUUCUCAAUAAGCAGAGGAAUUUGGAGCUGUAUUCACGGUAUUCAUAUUGAAGAAAAGAAAAAGUCCUCUGACUUAGACUUCAGCAGUCCACAUGCCAACAUGUUGAAGUUAAUUAAGUCAGCCAAAAACAUGACCAACAUGACAAACCUGAGCUCAUCAAGGAUCAAUUCUCCCAAGCGAACCUCCGACUUCAGUCACAGAGGGUCCCUGAUGAUGGACAUGGUGGGUGACAAAGGAAACUUCCACUUCGCUGACAACCGGAGCUGCCCUGCAAAAGAGGCUCUCUACCCUGACAACGUGAGCGACCUGCAGUCGUUUAUGGGAAACCGGCACAAAGACAUCUUAAACAACUACAUCUUUCAGAGCCAGCACCCCCUGACUCUGAACGAGUCCAAUCCCAACACCGUGGAGGUGGCCGUCAGCGCCGAGACCGCCCCAGCCAACCCCAAGCCCCGGCAGCUUUGGAAGAAGUCUGUGGAGACGCUGCGGCAAAAUCAGGGGUCCGUGCAAGAGUCCCUCCCGGUCGACCCGAGGCAUUCCAUUAAAAGCCAGCGGUACCUGCCAGAAGAGACUGCGCAUUCUGAUGUGUCUGACUGCUCGAGCAGAGCUGCUUCCUACAAGGACCCAGAUAACAACCAGAAGCACCACAAGCCCAAGGACAAUUUAAAAAAAAGAUCGAUGACAUCAAAAUACCCUAGGGACUGCAGCGAAGUGGAGCUGUCCUACUUAAAGAGCAAGCAGAGCGGCUCCACACGCGAAAAGAUUUACACCAUAGACGCAGAAAGGGAGCUGGGUUCGCAUGGAGACCAGCACCUUUUUAGAGAAAACAGGCUGCCGGAGGAAUUGGAGUACCCCUCCGAAAUGUACCAGGAUCACAACGACAACUACAGAAAACCAGAACCCAUCAUCCAUCUCAACAGCAGCCCCCUUCACCCCCAAGAGAUCAUCCCCAACAAUGAAAACAAGUACAGUCUGUAUUCCAAGCACUACAGCUUGAACGUCAGCCCUCAUGAGGCAAACGACAGGUACAAACAGACUCACUGCCGGAGCUGUCUUUCCAAGGUACCAAAUUACUCGGGGCAUUUUGCCGUCAGGUCUCCUUACAACCGCUGUGAAGCCUGCGUGCACAUGGGCAACUUGUACGACAUCAGAGAAGAUCAAAUGCUGCAGGAAGCCCUGAACCCCAUGCUGCAGGGAGCCCUGAACCCCAUGCUGCAGGACGAAAUGUUUGGCCAGCACUGGCCCCAGACUGACGGGCCGCAGGUACAGAAGAGGAAUAGACUGAGGCUGAGCAGACAGCAUUCCUUUGACAAUAUCCUGGAGAAGCCCAGGGAGAUAGACCUGGGCCGGCCGGCGCGGAGCGUGAGCUUGAAGGAGAAGGACAGGCUUCUCGAGGACAGCCCUUAUGCAAACAUGUUUAAUCUCAAACCAGACAAGCUGUUCGACAGCAAGCCCACCUUCUUCAACCACAACCUGGAGGAGAGCAAGCGCAGUAAGUCCCUUUAUCCCGACCGCAGCUCAGAGAACCCUUUCCUCCACUCCUUUCAAGAAGACCAGCGCUUGCUCCAUGGCAGAAGCUUCUCUGACAUUUAUAAACAAUCGGCGCCAGCCAAGUUGAGGAAUGACAACAACUUCAGGUCUUCGGUGAGGUCGACAGCCUCGUACUGUUCUCGGGAUGGUCGAAUACCUAAUGACAUGUGCAUUUCAGAGCAUCUUAUGCCUUAUGUAGCAAAUAAGACUAGCGCAUACUCCACUCCCAGGGUUCUGAAUUCUUGCAGCAAUAGAUGUGUGUACAAGAAAAUGCCUAGUAUCGAGUCAGAUGUUUAAGUCUUCAUUCAUCCAGUUCUAUAUUAUUCAACUUUAGGAUUCAAUAGUCACCGACAUCUAAAGCAAAAAGUACCCAAAAAAAAAAAAGGCUUGAUGAAUAAAAUAAUAAUAAUGGCUGCAUCAUUGUCUAACUUUCAUAUUCUGCACUUCCAGGUUAUUUUAAUUUACAAAUAAGUUAACGCCAUCCAUUGCUUGCUAAAGGUUUUGAGUGUUUUCAGUUAUCAACCUGGUAAGAUGUUUUGGACUUGAGAUUAUAUGAAAAGAUAAGAGAAUCUGGUUGGUUGUUUUUCCAGCUGCCAUGACAGCCCCAUGUCUUCCUAAAAUGCUGAACUACCUAAACGGCAGAUAGACGUUUCUUCCAAGUCAAGGUGGCUUAAAAUAAAUAAAUACCAUUGAAUGGUAGCUGAAGCUGUCCUGGUUAAUGUAUGUCCACUCAAUGUUGGGCUUGUGUAAUGUGAAGUAUGUGAGAAUGGGAGAUGUCAAUCUGCAGUCAGACAGGUUUGGUGUGCAAUGGGUUUUAUAGUUGCCAUUGGCAAUGUAGAGUGAAACCAAGGUUUACAGUGACUAGGUACAAAGAGAACUGAACACACUUAUAGGUCAUAGCAACUUUGCUUUUCUUGUAUUAUUCUAGAUGUGUGAUUUCGGCAUUCUAAUUCCUAUUUAAGAUGGUUUAGCAUUUAGAAAAAAAAAUUGUAAUAGCACACUUAAAACCAUUUGUUACCAUCCCGUCUUUGUUUUUUUUUAAUAAUUGUUUCUAAUAACAAUCAGGAAUAGAUUUUGCAUGUGUUAUUUUGAUAUCAGAAGAAUGUGUUUACAUGAAGAGGAUGGCUAAUGAAAGAACGGAUUCCAGUGCAAGCUUCACUUGGCCUGUUGCGUCUUGCUUUCGAUUAAAAAAACAGCAACAGUUCAAAUCCCGACUCACUCCCUGACUCACUGUGUGACCCUGAGCAAGUCACCUGACCUCCUUGUGCUCCAUCAUUUUUUUAAUUAUGUCUAAAUCCUACAAUUCUAGGUGAUGCUAAACUUUUGGCCACAGCUGUAUGUUACAUCUAAACAAAUGGUUAGUUGAACUAUGGGUAAGCUAAAAGGGUUUUUAAAGACAGGCAUUUGUCUUCGAUGUUGCUCUCAGACAAAACAGCAAGAUUAGACCAGAUAGGUAGCCCUUGAAUGUGCCUGCCCCCACACACUGUAUUGACUGGCUAACCAUUAAUAUCAUGCAUAUUUAAAGUGUAAUAAUACUUAAUAUUUACAGUUCACACAUACAGUAAAACAACAAAUUAAACACCUUGGUUUUCUUGGAGUUGAUGUGAUCCUUUUUUGCAGUAUACAUGCUAUUCUGCUUCCGUUUGCUUUCCACUGUCUUCCAGGCACAUGUGUUCCUGUGGCUGGUUCUUCAUUGUUAAGUUAUAAACGGUAACAUGUUCCCAUAGCAAAGAUAAUCCACAGCACACCCUUCACGAUAUGCAGAACACGGGGCAUAUGUGAUAAGCACAAGAAGACUACACAUCGACACGUUAUUGUAAUAUUUAAGAACCAUCAGAAAGGGUUCUGUGAAAUAAUACGCUGUUUCUAUUGCACUGCGAGGGGGUUUCAUUUAUUUUUGGUGGGAUUCAUUUUCACAGCCGGGAACAUCAAUAAAUACCAUCUCUAAUAACAGCCCCACAUCGGCUCCCAAAAAGUCUGCAUUACCUGCAGAGCCAAUUCUUUUUGAUAAGACGCAUACCUUGCUUUGAAAAAUCUUUCAGCUCACCCAUUGUUGAACUCAGACCGCAGGUGUACUCGGGCACACAUAGCCUAAUGUGAGGUUUCAAAUCCUUCUGUGUGUUACUGUUAUGACUGCGGUAUGUACAGUAUUUCUAUAUGGACAGUUCUAAUGUUUGAACGCUGCUUAAGAAAGCUUAUAUCAGAGCAAUAGGCACAUAUACAAUAUCUGAUUACAGUCUUAACAUAUUUAAUAUCCCUAGAAAUAGAGAGGUACCUUUAACAUGCAAAAUGUUAGAAUAAUGGAACAGGAAGACACUACUUGUACCAAAUGUGCCCAGUUUUAGUUCAGUUUCGAACGAGAAAUAUUUGUAACAGGGUACACACUGAAGCGAUGGAAAGGGAAACAGGUUAAUGUGUCUUUGUGGGUGUGCCAGUCUAUCUUUUAAUGAGGUGCCACGCUGUUGGGUAUCUAUCUACAUAUCCUAGCUCUUCCCUUUUUGGCUCCUUGAAAAGCCCCUGGCUUUGCUCUGGUUUUACAAAAGUCAGCAGGCUUGAGAACCCUAAACCAUGACAGCAACAUUCACUGGAUCCCCACCUAACAUCUCCCUCCAAUGAUAUCAAAGGUCCUCUACCACUUCCAUAAUCGGAGAAACAUCUGCUAUUAUUAAUAGUGAAUGCAUACGGAAAUGCUUAGGGGUCGGGCACCUGUAAAUCACCUGUAAAGGAAUAUACAAAGAAGUGAUCAUCUUUGAUAAAUAUUUAAUAUAUUAUAGAGUACAAUUUGUAUUUUUGAAUAUCAUAAGACGCUAUGUAUAGAGUUAGCACCAGAUUUCUGUAGGAUAAGACAUUAUUCACAAGUUCUGCAUUUUAAAAAUGACACCUUAAUAGAUACAGUACCUGAACUCUCCAAUGGGCUGGCGACACACACAAUGUUUCGCCUUGGGUUUUUAAUGAGAUUAAAUUAUUAAAUGUACAUAUCCUCAGCCUAAUCCAAGAAGCUUGUCUCAAGCAUGCCUAAUACUGUGGUACACUGCGAAAGGAAAAACCAGUUGGGAGAACUGCUUGCUGUCCAUGAGCACACUUACUGGUGGCUUACUCAUGGACGACAGUUUGUCUGUUUCUUUAUAUGAGCGUUGCCCCAAGUGCAGUUGCUACACAAGUGGUAGAGGAAGGAUGAUGACGCUAAAUAAGGAAAACACAUUGUUUUAAUAAAACUUAUUACAAGCAACCAACAUUUUUAUAAAACGAGAGUUUCUCCUUCUGUUUUGUUCUUCCUUCAUGUGGAGCAUUUGAUACAGAUAGAUCGAUAUGGCUAUACUUUUUCGUAGUGUCUCAGGCAGUGUACAGUACUGUUUGAUAAGACCUUGGAGAAAUGGGUAUUAUUUUGCUGUAAAUUACAUUUUUUUCAGCCUUUUUUCUUCUCUUUCUCUCGUCAGACUUCACAUCCUACUUAGCUGAUCUAGAAUUGAGCAUACAUAGUUUUUGUAAUAUAGUAUUAAUGAAUGUGGAAUAGAGUUAAUAGUUAAAAUGCUAAUUAUUUAAAUAAGAAAAGAAUUAGGGUUGUAGUGCAGUUAUUACAUUUUGUUUGCAGACUAAUAUAUUACUUUUCAAAUGACAACAACAACAAGAAGAAGUAAAUGAUUAGUACUUUCUCAUAUAUAACGGAUUGCUCAGCUAGGUCUCUGCUAUACAGAUGGGUUAUACUCAUUAACACGAAUCCUCGUUAGCAGAGCGAAUGGCUGCCAACAUAAGGAGGCUAUGUGGUCAAGUGGUUAAAGAAAAGGGCUUGUAACCAGGUGGUCCCUGGUUUAAAUCCCACCUCAGCCACUGACUCAUUGUGUGACCCUGAGCAAGUCACUUAACCUCCUUGUGCUCCGUCUUUCGGGUGAGACAUAGUUGUAAGUGACUCUGCUGCUGAAGCAUAGUUCACACACCCUAGUCUCUGUAAGUCGCCUUGGAUAAAGGCGUCUGCUAAAUAAACAAAUAAUAAUGUGUCAGGUCUCAGCGAGUAUCCAUGAUUAGCCACAGUAGAGGGGGAAGAAGACGAUACCAUUCAACUCUGAGAGUUUGCAGAAGGUAUCUGAGUAUCUGAUGAGGCAGGCUGUAUCCAUCCCAAUUCAAAAAUUGAUUAUUCUCAAGCAGGGCCCCGCCAUACCCUAGUGAGGUUCAAUCCUGUUUUUUUUUUUUGUUUUUUUUUUCAAGAUUUCAAGUCGUUUGGCAAUAAAUGUGUAAAAUGCAUUUGAUUUGUUAAACAGGAUGUGUGAAAGGAUUUGGUACUGGAGCCCAAUGUAUGAAUUCAGCAUCCCACCCCCAAAAUAAAGUACAAAAACUUCCACUGGGAAUAGUUGGAAUAGUUUUUUGUACAGAACCUUCUGUUAUUUCGUGUUAUGGCGAUGUUGCAUACUGCAGAAAACGCUGUGUCCAUCACCAACAAAGAAUUUAGUGAUCUUUUGCAAACACAUUGUAUGCAAUGUGACAAACCUUACAUGCACUACGAACUCACAUUUGACAACAACAUGUAAAAUAUUGCCCGGUACUCCGUUCUUUCUCUUACUGAAAAUAUGAUUCUCGCAGAAGAAACUAUUCGGACAUGGGCACUGGUUAAAAAGCAAUGAACUUGACUGGGAAGUUUAUAAAAAAAACUAAAAUAUCGAGGUGAAUAGAAGACACCUGGUGACACAGGGUGAACACCACAGCACUAAGUGCUGUUUCUUACAGUAUAAAUGGUUGCAUGUACAGUAUUUUUAAAAUGCUGCUGGAUUACUUCCACUUGUAAUAGAUGAAAAAGCUGUACCUCUGGUAUUGUGUACAAAAAAAAUACUAAUUCUAGAUUAUAGAGGAUACACAUUAGGGGAAGCACUAGUGGUUUGUUGUUGAAUAUCUUACUUUCUCUUGUGUGCAUUGCUUUUGUAUUUUUACGUAGCUAUUUAAAAUAGAAAUUCUUUUAUGAAGAUGUUUUAUACUUAGGCUGUGGUGGGACUAGUUAUCACUAAGAUAUGCGACCUACAGCCUAAAGGAUAAACGUUUGGUAAUAAAGCAUUAUCACGUGUGUAUGUAUAACAAUGUCUUAAGAACUUUAGUUCUGAUUUAUCACAAAUACGAAGCUGACACAAACCUUCUUGCAUUGAUUGAAAAAUAUCCGCUUUUGCCUAACUGCAUGAGAAAGUACUAAUCCAGCGGGACAAUUUGUUUUUUUGUUACAUGAACUAGAAUUCCAACUGCAAUUCCCUGAAUUACAUCUGGUCCAAUUUUUUUGUGACAUAAAAUAUAGUCUAGUUACCAUGGUUGUCUUUGAGCUGUGUUGUGUUAUUCUCAUUUGUGUAUAUGUAGAACAUGCUAAGGGAAUGGGGUUUGGAUGUUUCUCGUGAACUGUAAAUAUUAUCACUGAAAGAAAUGUGCCAAGUAACAAGAUGUAAAAAUGUAAAUAAGUAAAAGUUUCAUUUUUCUAAUAAAGGCUCUUUCUGCCACUUUAUAUGAAUACUAUAUCUAUAGGUGACUGCUUAUGAUAACUCUUGUGAAAACACCAUUGCUCUUCACAGCCUCUUAUGAAUGUCAAGAUGCUAGCGAAUGCCCUACAGAAGGAGAUCUGUUCAAAAAUAACCCUUUAUUUAUUAGUUUUAAACCUUUUAUUUAUUUUUUUAUAGACAAUUUCCUUCAGCAAAGACCCUUACGUGUAAUUUAGCCCUUGAAAACUACCGAGGCAAGGCAGAGAACAUUAGGAAUCUCAUUUCCGCUGUCAGGACCAUGCUUCCUAAUUGAAACAACAAGCACUGGGGUUUAACACAGUCAUCUGUUCAGCUCCAGCCACAACCUGCCUCUUUGUCUUUAGUUUUUUCCACUUUUAAUAAAACAAAAACAAUCUUGUAUCGGAAGCUGCAGAAGCAGUGAAUAUGAAUUCUAUACUUUACUACAUGCUGUACAGCCUUUUCUAUCGACAUGUCCAUAACUCAUAAUUGGUGCUGCUUAAAACAAAUUCAAACCCAACAUAUGUUCAUGUCAUUUGCAAUCCACUGUUGGCUUCUCGUUGUCACAACUAGACACAUUAUUCCAGGCAUUCUACAGUAUAAAUAUUACAAUCACUUCCCUAGAUUUCUUGGCUCUCCUUUUUGACAAGGUAAGAGUUCAUUAAACCACCAGCAAUUCAUAAGGACCAGGGGAACUAGCAUCUCUCCUGCUCCCUCUUCUUCAUCAAUACAUAGCCAAUGGUGAGAUCAAUAAGCGUAUGAUUGAUCCUUCUAGUUGGGUGUCUGAAAGAAGGCAAAAACAAUAUUUUAUUUCAGAUUGCAGAAGUGGCUGCCAGCAGAGCAGUAACUCAGCAAACCUGCAAUCAGUGGCUGUGUCUGGCUGGUUCUUGCAAAACAAAAUGUGAUUAAGUAUGUCUAUAUUCACCAUUCCACAGGGGCACUAACCUGGGGUGUGAGGCUGCUUAGCCAUGAGUCAUCAUGCUUAUUUCAUUUGCUGUGUACUUAUUUAACAGUGUGUUCAUUUGAAAUUUUUUCAGUCUAAACUGAAAUGAGGGGAUUCAGCACGCAAUCCCAAGCGCAUCAUGACAAACGCACUUUUCAAUACAAACAAAUGUUCUGCUUAAACGAAUGCCAUGGAUCCCGUAAGCUUCAUUUCUCCCUUCUGCCAUUCCUUUUGCAGAGGCAUGUAAAUGUACUCUUUAUAUUACUUGGAAACCGUACCCAGUUAUAAUUACCGUCUUGCAAUUCAAUAGGCAUAUUUAUUCCUCAUCAGAGACGUCGUUUAGUGCUGCCCAUGUGUUGCUCAUACCCUAUGUGUGCUUUGCUCAUAGCAACAGACCUCUCCUGUCCUGUCCUUCCCAUCUGAGCACGUUCUCAUUCAACCCCACUGAUUUGGCCCCUUUAGGCAGUUCUGUGCAUGCAGCUUAUUUAAAAGCAAAAAUUCCAAGCUUAUAAAAAAGAAUGCAUGUUUAAACCUUGAAUAUUAUAUUAAAGAUGGAAUUAGAAUAUCCAUUUGUUGAAAUUAACUUUAACUUAAGGUAUAGUAAUUCUGAAUUUCACGACUAUUAAUGUUCCAUAAAAAAAAACCGAUUACUUAGAAAUGAAAUGCAUCGGGCCUCUUUGGUAUCUGAGUUCAAAUGCCUAUCAAGCCAGCUUGUCCCCAGUGGUGUCCUCACAGGGAGGGGAGAGAGGGGGGUUUUCAGGGGUCACAGUAAGCUUUAAUACUAAUAGGAAAGUAACUGGACCUUAGCUGGAGAAAUCAAGGACUGCUGCAGUGCCGUACAGUCAACACGACAGAGUAAGAACUGCAUAGGAGUAUGUAGGUCAUCCUAUCCCCAGGCGUUAGCGGCUGUUCUUUUUUAAGAAGUAUUGUGUCUUUGAGAUUCUGCAUGUGUCCUGGCACCCUAAUUGAGGCUACCGCACACAGCUUAAAAGAACAAUACACUGCAAUAUGGAUCUUUAGCAUCAAGUACUGAAUGUUAAAUUAUUAUUUUUUUCUUACUGGGUAUGUUUGUAUGUUUUGUUUGUUUUCAUGAAGGAAGUCUGUUUCUUUCUUCUGGAGACAGGAUCUGUGAAUAUCGAUUCCUAAAAGGCAGGGUUCAGGCAGCUGUAAAACAUGCAGUGUUAGCAGAAGUGGAGCUGUGUGCAGUAGAUAUGAUUUAAACAUCUGGCCGUGGGUUGCAUUGCUUACCUGCUUGUGAAACUGCCUUAGCAUUAGAUGUGGCACAGAGCUGGAAAAAUGGGAAUAUCUAAAUCAGCUUUUUUGGUCUAAUCUGGACUAUCUACCACUUGAAUUACUUAAAAGGGUGCAAUAAAUCAUUACAUGCCCGAGCUCUCCCAAGCAGUAUUGAAGUUGCAAUUAAUUACUUUUGCAAAAUGGCUGAACGAAGCCUGCCCCAGAUGGAUUGUUUUCUGUAGUGAAUGUACAGUAUACUGAUAAAACAAACGACCGUCAUGUCACGGAUUUUCCUUCAUGUUAAAGUUGUUGCUACUUUUGUACAAAACAAAACACCAGUGCUGUUAAACUGUAUGUAAUGCUUGGGUCCAACUGUUUGUUUGCAAAAUUGAAUUUGGAUAGAUGACCAGCGUGGGGUCCCUUUAUUUUAAUGGAAGUUGACAUUUUGCGGGACACCUGCUACCAGGAAGUAAUGCUCAAUAUGAAAGCAGCCACACACCAGCUGACUGUAUAGGAAAUGGAUAGUGCUGAUUGAAGGGAGAUCAUUCAAGGAACCAUAAGUAAGCAGUGUGGUCCAGUGGUUAAAGUCCAGGGCUUGUAACCAGAAGGUUACUUGUUCAAAUCCCACCUCUGCCACUGACUGACUCGCUGUGUGACCCUGAGCAAGUCACCUAACUUCCUUGAGCUCCAUCCUGUGGGUGAGAUGUUAAAUCAAAGUCCUAUUGUAAGUGACUCUGCAUAUAAUGCGCAGUUCACAGCCUACCUCUGCAAAGCGCUUUGUGAUGGUAGUCCACUAUGAAAGGCUCUACAUAAAGAUAUUAUUACAAUUAUUCAAACCCAAGCCUCCCAGUUCCUAUUCAGAUCUAUUACUCAAACCCAACAGCUGACUUUGAUUAGUGCAUCAUUGGUUAUUGUAUCAAUGCGUGGAGUUCUUUGGAGGUCAUGGCUGCGAUGUCAAGUUCUCCAAACAGCAUGAAUAAACACAAGAGAAAGGAAAUCGCUUUACUCUUCAUUAAGUAACUCUCAUGCUCUCAUACAUUCAGCAGAAACACAGAAUUAUUCAGACUUAAAAUGGACUAUUGAAGCAUUACUAUCUCGUCUAGGGUAAUAGUUAUGGUAAUGUAUUCAUGUGAUUGCUGCCUGGAUAUCAACAGUGAUCAAUCAGAUUGUAUUUUUUAGUUUUUUUGCAAUGGUUAAGGUAGACUCCGAUAAGCCACUCUGCAGCAGGGAAACAGCUGAGUAUUUAAAUAACCUAAAGUCCUUACGAAUUACAUUGUGCUGGGGUUAUUAUUGUAGGGUGUUUGUGUUUCUUUUAGAUGAUUUUAGUUACUCAAUUUGUGCCAGUUUUCUUAUUUUUGUAAGCUUUUCAUCCUUUGCAUUUGACCGGCAUAACUGAGUACUAAACAUUGCUCCCCCUUCUAUAAUGAUUACAUCUGCACAUGUCCUUCUGUAAUAAACAUGUAAUAAACAGCAUGUGUUAUAAAGUCUGAAGCUAUCAGCUGGUAAUGUCAUUAUUGUAAUAAGUGUUAUUCCUUGUUAAUCAGCUCAUACAGUAGCACUUGAUUGUCACUUUGAUUCUGUUCUGCCGGAGUAGAGAGAAUAUAACAAAUGGAUUUUAGCGUUUUCAGGUGUGUGUAAACUGCAGAGGGAUACUUCAUUAACCUUGUACUGUUAUUAGAUCAAAUAAGCAAAGCGGUGAUUCAGGCAGGGAGCUCACUUCUAACCUUAGGUCAAAUCACAGAAACAUCAAGCAUAUUUUUAGGUGCUUCCAAUGCUCUGAACAAAUCAUUCAGUUGAAUAGCUGGCAUCUUAUUUGUCUUUCAAUAAACAAGCGAGAGCA